AUGGAGGCAGCGUGGAGUGGCGGUGGAGGCGGUGGGUGGCGGCAGCGGCGUGGAGCAGCGGCGGUGGAGCGGGCGGUGAGGCGCGGUGGAGCGGUGUGCGAGCGGUGGUGGAGGCGCGGCGUGGAGGCGGCGGCGGGCGGGCGGGUGGAGGGCGAGCAGCGUGAGGGCGGCGGAGGCAGGCCGGUGAGGCAGCGGUGGAGCGGCGAGGAGCGCGGCGUGGAGCGGUGGUUCGACGGCGGCAGUGGAGGCGGACGUCGUGACGGCCGGCGGUGGAGCGGUGUGGGCGGCAAGUGGAGGCGGCGGUGGGCGGGAGAGGAGCGCGGCGUGGAGGGCGGCGUGGAGCAGCAGAGUCAGCAGGCGGUGGAGGCGGCGGUGGAGGCCGGCGGCUGGAGGCGGCAGUGGAGGCGGCGUGGAAGGCGGCAGAGUGGAGGCGGCGGUGGAGCGGCAGACGGAGGCGCAGAGGAGGCGGCAGAGCGAGCGCGGCAGAGCGAGCGCGGUGUGGAGCGGUGGUCGAGGCGGUGGUGGAGGCGGACGGUGGAGGGGCAGAGGAGGCCAAGAGAGGCGGCAGAGGAGGCGGGCAGAGGCGGCAGACGAGAGGCAGCGGUGGAG